CCAUAUGUAAACUUGGCACACUCCACAUUCGUUUGUGCUACUAGUAAGCGCAUGCAUGGCACUUGUCGUGCUCGUAAGACUAGCUCUGUGGCUUCUAGGCUCCUGCCUGGAGCUCGCCGCCCUAGUGCUCUUCCGGGGCCUGGCCCUCCUCGUCGGCGCCGCCGUGGACCUGGUCAGGCUGCCGGGGCAGGCGGCAGAUGCGGCACUCGAUGCGACCAAGGGCGUGCUUGAAGCGGCGGGGAAGUUCGUCUUCAACCUAGUCUGGGACGUGGCGGUGGCCGUCGUCUCGGCGUUUCUCGAGUCGCUCUGGAGCGUGGUGGCCGGCACGGCGGAGUUCGUGGCGUCUACGGUUGUGGAGCUCAUGGAGGCAACGCGGGACGGCAGCGACGAGGCGGCGCAGGCGCUAGCGGAGGCGCUGGAGGGCGCGGCGGAUGCGGUGGCCGGGACGCUGGCGAAGCUCGCGGAGAACUACACCGAUGCUCUUGUGCACCUCUUGCAAAACCUCAUCUGAUGAUGGACUCGUUGUCGGAUUCGUCGGAUUGGUCGUCAUCCGACGAUUCGGACAUUGACGAGUUGCUGCAAGACAACGACGUCGAGAUAGAUGACAGAGGUUUGCCAUAGUUCGGGUCCAGCUCGGUUUUGGGACAAAAAAACCUUGAUGAACAUCAUGAAAUGUUGUGUGAUUCUACACAACAUGAUCCUAGAGGAUGAGAGAGGGUUAAACCUCCCUUGUUUCUAUGACAAUGUUGGUACCCGUGUGCAACCGGAAAGAAACCCUUCUCGCAUACAAGCUUUUCUUGAAGCACAUCGUGAGAUUGAGGAUGGAACCACUCAUGGUCGGCUUCGGGAUGAUCUAGUAGAGCAUCACUGGCAUUUGGAUGGGCGGCGCAUUGGCGCAUGAUGUAUCUUUGUUUUACUUAUCUAUGUCCUAUUUGAUUCGAACAAUUGUUGUAAUUUGCUCAAACAUUCUUGUAAUGAUUUGAAUGAUUAUUGUUUUCUUCGGUGUUGUAAUAAUAACUAGAAUGAUUAUUGUUUUAUGUCAAAUGUGAUUGAAUUUGUGAUAUGUGAUAUGAUGAAAUGUGA